GGGACGCCAACGCCAACGCCAGCCCCUCUCCCUCUCCUACCACCGCCUCCUGCUCCUCCUCGGGAUACCUAUAAACUGCACAUAUCCGUCAUAGGGACUCAGGGCCGGGGCUUCGAUCUCGAUCGAUCAUUCAACCUCAUCGAGAUCAUGGAACUCGCUAGCUACUCUUUCCAGCCAGGACUUAUCGCUUCUGGGUCUGGGAAACGCGCGGGGGACGUCAUAGCAGCAGCACCGGGCUUGUCGAAGAAGAUGAGCCUCGCCAACAACCCUGUCUAUCCCCGGCCAGAGGGCCAAUUAAGCCGUCACGGAUCGAGCGACAGCCGAUCGUCGCUGACCUCAGAAGACUCUAUGCCCGGCAUGACCGACUCCUCCGACUCGGACACGUCGUUCGACGAGGGCAGCGACUACAACACGUCGGCGAGCGAGCUGUGGGACACCUUCUGGCGCCACGGGCCCCAGGUGCCCGGGGAGCAGUACCCCGUGCUGCUGCGCGCCUCGGCGACCAAUUACUACUUCCAGAAGGCCUUCCCGCGGCGCGAGCACGCGGGCCGCGAAGCUGACGACGACACCACCAAGCUGCUACCGGGGCCGCAGAGGACCCCGGACCAGCACCCCCACCACCACCAGCCCCCGCGCCCCGUCGCGACCCCUGCCUCCGCCCCCGCGCUCGCCGCCCAACCCUCGCCCCCGCGCCCCGGGACCAGGCACGGCUCGAGCCCCUCGUACUCGGUCUACCCAAAGCCGCAGCCGGGCGACGUGACGCGCGUGCACCUGCCGCCGCGCACGUCGUCGCUCGCGCCGGCGCCGGCGCUGCGCCGCCACGCGCUCAAGCCCAGCAAGUCGAGCGCGCACCUGCACGCCGGGCGGCCGUCGGCGCAGCGUGCGCACCACGUGGUACCGCCGCCGCCGCCGUCCCCAGCUUCGCCGCUCCCCAGCCCGCCCUUCGUCUCGACGCGGCCGCCGCCCUCGCCGCCGGCCCUGCGCGCCGCGGCGUCGGCGUUCAACCUGCGGGAGCCGCGCAGCCCGGCGGGCGUGGCGCCGCCCCCCGUGCCCCAGGUCCCGGCGUCUGCGCCCGCGCCCGCGCCCGCGCCCAGCCCGGCGCGGCCCUCGCUCGAGCGCUACGUGUCCGUGUUCGACUUCGACUCGGACCGCGAGUCGUGCACCGAGGGCGUCGGGGGCGGCGGCGGCGGCGGCGGGAGCCUGACGAGACGCAUCGCCCGCGGCUUCCACAAGAAGAGCGCGAGCGAGAAGCGGAGCACGGCCUCUGCCCCUGCUGGCGCGCGCCGCGGCUCCGCCGACGAUAGGUACCGCGACGGCGCCCCCGACGCGGGCAAGGCGCCCGGCGCCCGGCGCCGCGGCGGCAGCCUCGGCCGCAUCCUCGGGCUCCGCAACCGCUAGCUGGGGUCGGCGUCGACGCGUCCGCCCGUGCUAUCAUGAUGUACCACCGACUGGGUCCGGAGCCCGGUGCGCUCCCAGGCCUUCCGUAUCUUCCCCCCCAUUAAUCUCACGCGAGUGAAGGCAUAACCGCCUUCUACUGCCUUGUACGAGUACCACACGCACACGAUCUUCUGCC